AAAGUUUUACUGAAAAGAAAUGUACAAAGACAGCUAUUCAAUUGAGGAUUAAUCACUAUGGCAACAGAAAUGUGGUGACUGAAAAGGGGGAGGAUGUAUUCUCCCCUCAGCUUCCUGUCAGCUGUCAUAUUCAACCUCUGCGGCAUGAAUUCAGGCCAAAAUAUAGACUGUGACCAGCUCUAAGAAACUAUAUCUGUAUUUUUAUAAAUUCGUACAAGAAUUGCACUAUAAAAGAAGACUUAAUCCUCUGAAUUGGAUGACAGACAUUUGGCACUCUUGCCAGUGUUUGACAGAGAAAUAACGGGAUGCUUUGUAGUAAAACCUGGAUUAAUGAAAAAUGAAGACAACACAGAAGACAACACAGCAGAGAAGAACAUUAUGAAGGGAAGACGAGAAAUGUUGGCAAACAGUAAUCAACACCACCUGUAUGUUAUGCAUCCUGUGACCCAGAAAAACAAAAAAAUACACAAAGUAGGUUCAACCACCUUCUUGGUUGGGAGGACACCCAAAGGAAUCCGCAGGAGACAGUUUGAAGAAAUGGUGUCCCACUUUAAUAUGGGAUCAGUGGAAGAACUUGCAGAACAUGUUGUAAAAGCUACAUCAGAAACAAGGCAGAAGAUGUUGAGGGAAUUCUAUAUUUCCAGGCAUCCAGAGAUGGAGUCUUUCUUCCCAGCUGAAAUAGCAGUACAGUCUUCACGUGACUGUGAGGAAAAAGAAUUGGGUACAACACACUCCAGAAAAAGAAAAUCCAUUGCUAAUUUUGGAAGAUCUAAGUCUAGACCUUCAUCAGCUAACGGACUACUUUGGAGCAGAACUACAGAAACACAGAGCCAGCAGAGCCAAAAAGUAGAAGUAGAGCAGAUUCACAAUGACUCCUACUUGCAAGAUGUGUGUGUUGAUGCAAAAUAUAAACAAUCACCCACUGUUGCUACUCAACAUAUCGAAAGGAGAAACAGUCAGGCAUUCAAGGAUUUUAUGGCAUUUGGCUCAUUAGGCAGUAAAUCAGAAAUAAUUGAGGUGCUGCCUGUAAAAAGUUGUGAAGGACAGCAGGGCUCAGAAGGAACACAGCUGCCAAGAAAAAGAUGCCUGUCUCAGUCAGCAAAUGGGGAGAGAAAAGCUCAUACUUGUAAGAAAAAGUCUUUUGUGGACUUACUUGGAGAUACCUCUAUUCUCAAUGACCUCUUCAGAAAUGAUGGAAGUGGGCCUACAGACUCACUAAGGAGAUUCCCUUCAGGGCAAGUAGAAAAAUCAAAGGAGAAACCAAAAGAUUUCUGGGACAUGCUGAGUGAGCAGAAUGAGGAGAGCCUCAGAAAGCUCACAGACAUAGCAGUCAUAGAGAAGCUAUGUGAAAAAGCACCUCCUCCCCUGGUAACAGAAGAGAGAGAAGUGCAUGAAAGUUCUCUUUGGAAAAAAAACGAAAAUUUUCUAUGGAAAAAGUACAGUCCAGAUGAUUCAGAUGGACCAUCCACUGCUACAUCUUGUAAUGUAGUAAAACAAAAGUUUUCUGUGUGACUUGCACUAUAAUUAUUUUAUUUGGAUAUUGAAAUUUCCACAGCUUCAGCAGUAUUCAGCAAAAUAUAACUUCAUGAAAUGAAAGGCAAAG